GCAGGUUCUUUUGAGAUGUGAAGAAACGCGAUUGUUUCGUGGGGAAAGAAACUUUUUGUUUUAUUUUUUCUUUUGAGUUUCGGCGUGUGCGGGUUCGACCAGAGACAAUAAUGGCCAAGGGCUCAGGUCGCACAGUCCAGUUCGAAGAUGACGUCGAGUCACCUAGGCCGCAUCGUCCGCAACGCCGCGGCGCUCCACCAGGUGUCGCCCCUCAGUCAUCAUCUCCAAGUCCAAGAACCCCGAAUGCAAAUGCAAACGUAACACCUGCAAACCUCGAGGAAAUAGACAACAAAGUGUUCUGGCCAGCCCAACUCUACAUAUUCGUGUACUUCCUGGUGCCGUUAGUACUCGAGGUGAUCGUGUACGCAGGCGACGUGGGUUCGGACCUCGUCGUCGCCGGGCUGCUUUUUAGCCACGGACUAGUUGUACCGGGACUCGUCACAUUGUUGCUUAUGUACCUACCUCCAAUUGUGGCCCUGGUGGCCAUUGUGGCAAGCAUUUGUAGAGGCUCCGAAGCAGAGAGGAAGCGUGCAGUCAAGGAGGCCUGCGUGUAUCUCGUGCUCCUUGCUUUCUUCCCGAUUUGGCCACUCUAUCGGUACGUUUGUUUGUUGCCGUAUGCCUGGAACGCAUUAUGGACGAAAGAAGGCAGAGAGGAAAAUCUUCAAACGAUCUCAGAACAAACGGAUGUCUCCAAGUACCGUUUCAACCAGGCCUUUCUUCAAGCAGCGCCGCAGUUUCUUUUUCAAGCGUUCCUUUUGCUGUUGGACACGAAUUUCCACCACCACCAUGAUUUGGUGGGACCUCAGGUCUACUGCAUGAUAUUCUCAACACUGUCGAUGACGCUAGUGACAGUGAAAUAUCAGAACCGGACAGCGAGUCGACCCAAGCUGCGGAAAGUGCGUCGCAAUCUGACCCCAGCCCAGCACUUGAGCAGUGACCCCAGCGCGGACGACACGACGGAAAACGACGCGUCGCUGUCGGAUCCCCGAGAUCUCGACGGAAUCGACGAAGAAGAAAUCAUAGAAGUCAGCCUCUACAGCGAAAACAUGGCCACUGCACUCAUGUACUUUUUCGGCUGGGUGUUCAUCAUCAGCGGACGCGUGUUUGCCCUGGCAUUGCUGGCUGCCAAGCUGUACUACGUAUUCAUCUUGCUGGUGGUGGCGCAUAUUGGUGCCUUCACGGCGUAUUAUGUUCGUGUCAACGACGUCGACUGGGACUGGGGAAGACUCGGGUCAAUCGCUUUCAACGGAUUCGUCCUGAUCUUCUGCGUCGUCAAUCACAGUGUGCAGUUCAGCGAAGAACUGGGCCUGAAACCUACGGUGUUCUAUCCCCUGUAUUUUGGACUCAUGUUCCUCGAAGACAUCGCCAUAGUGGUAACGUGGUUCGUCUCUUCGCACUCCCAAGUGUGGUUCCACGACUUCGGACUGGGCUACUCCAUAACAAGCUACGUGUUCGGAGUGUCUUUGCUCGGUAACCGAGUAACCAAGGCUUGGUCACACCUGCUCCUCGAGUCUCUUGACCCUCUCGGCCUUCUCGACCGCUUAGACUCGGUCCGACUUAGCUUUGGUCGACGGCUCUUCCAAACUUCUUUUUAA